UUAAAUGAAAGCAAUUUUAAAAUGUUCUAAUAGAAACAUUUUAGGCCAAGCUGUAGAAACAUACCAAGUAAAAAAAAAAAAAACUGCGAACAGUCAUAUUUUGCCAAACACCUGUCAUGAUUUUGGUGAAUUGAGGUGUUGGACAAGCGGGACAUACCCAUCGCGCAUUCGCUCACGUUUUGGCUACAUGAUACCAUUUUUGCGGAGCAAACCCAUUCCCCUCCGCCAGCAUCCUAACCGAUGUUGCCGGCGUGCUCUGCUGAUGCCCGCAGGAAUUGUUGCAGUCCCCCAGUCCCUUCUCCAACGGGCGGAUUACAGACAGUACCAGUGGAGAGAUCCUCGGUGACGGUGCCUGAUUUUCCCUGGCCAGGAUAGCUGCGCAGGACGAGAAAUGAGUUCCCUCCUCUCUACGCUGGUCGUGUUAUCUGUCCAGGCUUUACUAGUGGUCUGCAGCCCCCUGCAGGUCUUAGCUGUGGACAACGUUAAUUUCAGUGUAUAUGUGGAGAAUCAGACACGGGUUCGUGAUGCCACGAGCCAUCGACACCACAGGGUUUAUCAGCUGUACAGCAGAACAAGUGGCAAGCACCUUCAGGUGGUGGGGAGGAGGAUCAGCGCUAAGGGAGACGACGGGGAUAAAUAUGCCCAGCUUGUUGUGGAGGCUGAUACCUUUGGAAGUCAGGUGAGAAUCCGCGGUAAAGAGACCAACUUCUACCUGUGCAUGAACCGACGAGGCAAGCUUGUGGGAAAGAAGGCUAGUCAUCGCAGUGCUGACUGUGUCUUCGUUGAGAUGGUACUGGAGAACCACUACACAGCUCUGAUGUCGGCGCGCUAUUCGGGCUGGUACGUGGGCUUCACCAAGAGGGGCCGACCCAGGAGAGGCCCCCAAACACUGCUCAACCAGCAGGACGUUCACUUCAUGAAGCGCCCGCUUCCGGGGAAACAACUGGACGUGCAGCCCUUCCACUUCACCACAGUCAACCAGAGGAACAGAAGGGUCAGGGGGACCCCACCUACAGACAUCAUAGCCCCCACAUAGUACCACACACCACGGACCCAGACGACAACGGGCAACCCCCACCCCAGGAAAAACAAUGAAAGGCGUUUGCUGGGCUGAGCCCAGGCGAAGAGCUUACGGUGUGAUGCUUACAUACUACAUAAUGAACAUUAAAGACUCAGCGCCAAUCAACAUAAAUAUACGAUCAGUUAGCCUGUGAUGUGGUUGGUGCUAUUAAUGACCGUGGAAGAUGUCGUCCUUGUCCAUAUCCUCCCCAAUUCACAGACACAGUGUUGUCUCAAAGACUGUUUAAGUACUUGUUGAAGAAAUCGACAGGGCCAACACUUCUACUUAGGCCGCAGACGACAGCAAAACGAAAUGUUUGCUAGCACAAGCAAUACAUUUGGCCUACCAAAGACAACUGAACCAUUUCGUUCAGUACCAAAUAUUCAACAUCCCAAAGACGACUGUUCAGUACCAAACACUCAAGCGACCAAAGAGGACUGGACUAGAAU